CAUCACUGAUCCAUCGAUCGAUAGCCUUUUCAUCAUGAUUAUCCGACACAUCGGAGUGUACGUGGGCGUCGAUUCAUUACGGUUGCAUGACGGCCCUGCAUUGGGGGGCAAUACACCUUCUUCGAACUGGAUUGCAAUCGACACGCAGUAUUAAAGGUCCUGUAUAUGAUGGUUUCCUCUGACGAAUUUGGUGACACAGCCCGGAUGCGAAGCAGAGAUCAGUGUAUCACAUUGAUGCUCUUCAAAUACUCAAAUCCACUUUCCGACGUCCUCAGUUUAUUUCUGAGGACUGGUGUACACCAGCCAUGGCUUCCAACUUUGUCCGGAUUGCUUUUCAGGAUCAUUCAUUAACACUUCAAUCUGACAACUCCCUUUCCCAUGGUGCUUCACCUGAACUUCAACUUGUUCUUUAUUUCCUCCAGUUCCCCCGUGUCAUAAACGAAGCCUUUGCUUAUAUCAUUUCGGAGCGUCUCCUCGACCAGAUGAUCAGUUUACGCAGUGUAGCAGUAAGACUCUUACUACGAAGAAUAGUACAGUCCCGAAUAUCGCUGCAAACAGUCCUCAGUGCCUUUAUCACUGGUCUCGAGUCUGAUACAUUGGACCGUGGGAUCUUUCAUUGGGCCAGGGCAUACUUGUUCCAGCCUACGAAUCUCCUCACCGUUUGGGUGAUUUACGUUCUACGUGACGAUACCUACAACCUUCGUCGUCUCGCGCUACUGCGAAGAGAUGACUUGGACCCGACUUGGACCGAGCACUUGAAGGACCUGGAUACUAUUGGUACGUACUAUGAAUUGCAAACCUUCAAGGAGAACCACGCUCGUACCAUCUCAGACUUCAGGGCAUUUGUUGAUGGAGACUGCAUGGGAGAUUAUGGACUUAGUUCUGAGCCUGGGCCAACCGUGACACGGAAAGUCUUGCAACUUGAAAGUCUUGCUCUGGAUGAAGACCAGCCGACGGUGGGGUCGCUACGGAACCUUUGGCAACGUCUGCGACGGCAUCCCGAUAUUGGGUCUCAGAAAAAGGUAUCCGUGUAAUACAUAUCAAUAUCUCCUACUCGUUCCGAACUUUUGGUGAACAUUUUACUACGUGAUAUCUCCAUUUCAUUGUUUACAUUAUUACACCAUUCAUCCUAUACAUCUGUCUUGACUCUGCUCGCUCCUUAACGCACGAAAGAUUCGGGUCUCCAUGUACUCAGACUGCUCUCCCUCUUGCCUCGUCGUAGGCAUGAACGACUCUGUACCCAUCAGGCGCCGUCAGCUUCAAGAAAGGAAGUGAGAGUAGGUAGGCUACCUUUAUAUACCCUGAUCUCAGCGAUGUCGUUCUCCGGGUCUUGGCACCAACGUUGCAGCCUGGACACUUUGUUUCAGUUCAAGAUACCCAGGUCUGGGGUGCUUCAGAUUGUUACUAGGCGCGCACCAGCAUCUAAUGCGCAUUAAGACUAAAAACUUCCGGCGUUAUCGACUAUAGGUAUGGUGAAGCAUAUACAACGGAAAGGGCUACGAAACACGCGUAACCCGUUCGAUGCAACACGU